AAUAACCAAGUGCAGAAGAAGAUCACGAAGCAGAGGAAGUGGAGCAGCGCUAGCUCUGAUCAUAUGACCGAUCAUCAUGUCUUCUUCUUAGAAGCAAAACAAAGCCCAGAACAAACAUCCUACCCCAGCACGGAUUCUUGAAAAUGGCAGGCGAGGAGGAGAGAGGGGUGGUCCGUGUCAGAGUCAAGAAAUGUGAUGGGAUGCUCCCAAUGGAGUUUCGGUCCUUUGCUGUUGAUCCUCAGAUAACGUCACUGGAGGUUCUGCAGCACAUUCUCAUCAGAGCCUUUGAUUUGAAUGGGAAGCGGAGCUUUGGGAUCAGUUACCUGUCUCGGGAUAGGAGUGGUGCUGAAAUGUAUCAGUCUCUGGUGUCAGACUGGGAUUUGGAUGUUGCAUUUGUCAGUGCAGCCAAAACCUACCUACAGCUCAAGAUGGACAUAAAACCUUCAGAAGACAGUCCUGUUAUGGAGGACUGGGACAUCAUAAGCCCCAAAGAUGUGAUUGGCUCUGAGCAGCUUCUUGCAGAGAGGACGAGGUCUCUGGCCGCCGCUGCUCUUCCUUUCACCCAGUCUCUACUGUCCCAGAUGGGCCGGACCUUGUCCAAGGUCCAGCAAGCUUUGAGCUGGUCUUAUGGGGAGGAGAUCAAGCCAUUCAAGCCUCCUCUCAGUGAUGCAGAGUUUCACAGUUACCUCAAUGGUCAGGGCCAAUUGACACGACCCGAGGAACUCAGACUGCGAAUCUAUCAUGGUGGUGUGGAGCCUUCUCUGCGUAAGGUUGUAUGGCGGUACCUCCUGAAUUUGUACCCUGAUGGACUGAGUGGACAGGAAAGAAUGGACUACAUGAAGAGAAAGACAAGGGAGUAUGACCAGCUGAAGAGAGAGUGGACAGCCCGGGUCAGUCAUGAGGACCUUGAAUUUAUUCGCGGAAAUGUUCUCAAAGACGUCCUGAGAACCGACCGGGCUCAUCCGUACUACGCUGGCUCAGAAGACAGUCCACAUCUGACUGCACUUACAGACCUGCUCACCACUUUUGCCAUCACACACCCACAGAUAUCAUACUGUCAAGGCAUGAGUGAUAUCGCCUCCCCUAUACUUGCAGUAAUGGACAAUGAGGCUCAUGCCUUCAUUUGCUUUUGUGGCAUAAUGAAGCGUUUGGAGGGAAACUUCUGUCCAGAUGGGUCACUCAUGUCUAUUAAAUUCCAGCAUCUAAAGCUGCUUCUGCAGUACUCAGACCCAGAAUUCUACUCUUACCUGGUGUCCCGAGGAGCUGAUGACCUCUUCUUCUGCUACCGCUGGCUGCUCCUGGAGCUCAAGAGAGAAUUUGCGUUUGAUGAUGCUUUACGGAUGCUUGAGGUCACCUGGAGUUCCCUGCCUCCGGAUCCGCCUGAGACCGAAGUGGAGCUUCUUGGACCGCCACUAGAUGCUGAUGAAACUGUGACCUACAAAGACAAGACAGUUGAGACCUUCCUCAGAGAUGAUAAGGAACAAAAAGAGAAGCAGCGGAGGAGACAUAUGCUGAGGCCUUCAAGAGAAGAAGCAGAUGCGAGCAGGAAUGCCGUCAUAAAACAAAAAGACGGGCAAAAUGUAGGUGCUGGAACAGGAAGUGAGGGCAGUGAUUGUGAUAUUAAUCAAGUGAGUCUGGUAAAGUCAGAUUUUCUGGCUCCUUUUGAAAAGCAAGCAAGUUUUGGAGAAUUUAAAUACUACACUGCCAGAAAUGAAGAUAGCUUUGAUAUGGAAGAUGGUGACCAACCACAGGGUUUGGCUUUUUCAAAGUCGGUACUAAACAUCCCAAGUCGCCAGUCUACAGAUGAUAGUGAGGGGGAUCCAGAAGAGAGAACACCUCUCAUAAAAGACUGUGAAAUUGGUUUUUCUCCAAUAUCAUCACCUCACCUCUUUCAUAGUGGCCUACCUAUUUGGAAAAGUGGCUCUUCUGUGUCUCUGACAUCUUCAGCUUCACAGUCCAGCUGGCCAGGAGCGUCUCCAGACUCUCCUCUAAAGUCCACAUCCCCAUCCACAAACAGUUGGAGAGAGGCCUUACCAAGCACUGUUCCAAAAAUAUUGACCUCCGCCGCCCAAGUGCUUAGCGAUACAGGGAUCAACUCUCCCACAACCCCCACUGUAAAAACAUCUACUGCAUCUCCCUCCCACCCUCAGAAUCGAUCCCUUCUCUCUUCACCUAUUUUGUCCUUUGGCAGAGGCCCCUUGUUGUCUGGCAGCAAGUCAUCCACCAACAAUCUUCCUUCGCCAGGCAACAAAUCUCCAAGCACCGCAGCUAACACACCGAGUUCUCUGAAAGCUGAGACCACCAGCAUCAAAUCGUGUUCGCUGCCGCCUCCGCAAGAGUUCGGCAAAGGCAAUCCCUUCAUGCUGUUUCUGUGCCUGUCCAUCCUGCUGGAGCACAGAGACCACAUUAUCAAGAACAGUUUGGAUUACAAUGAGCUAGCCAUGCACUUUGAUCGGCUAGUGCGGCGCCACAACCUUAGCAGGGUGCUGCAGCGAGCCAAGGCCUUAUUUGCAGACUACUUGCAGAGUGAAGUGUGGGACUCAGAGGAAGGGGAUGAGGUUAGCUCUGACUCCCCAACAACAAUUACCGCUGUGCAAAACUCCCCUUCUUCAGCCAUCUCUGCCAGGCCCAUUUACAGCCCUUUAGCAUCGCCUCAGUCAUCAUUUCAAAACUCAACCUAUAACCUCACAACCACCAUUCCCUCCCCAACAGCUCAAGUUUCAUUUCCCCCCGCUUCCUGAUUCCAUCAACACUAGAUUCCCCACCUCAGCGAAAGACUGAUUGUGGCCUGUUGGAGGUGUCCACCUUUUUAGCCAGCCAUCCUAAUUGAAUAGGGCUGUUAAUAAUCUUCUCAUUCUGUGUAUGCUUGAACAUGUAUUUAUAUUCCUUUUGUCAGUAGUCAUUGUUAUCUUUUGUUUUGCUCCUAAAACCUUCCAGUUAAUAGAAUGGAGGUCUGACCUUGAUGAAAGAGCUUCAUUUCUUUUCAUGUCCUCUGUUGUUGCCGAUGCAUGAUGUUUAAACCCUGUGAUUCAGGUGUCAGAUAGUUGGGCUGUCUGAGUUUUGCCAGAACCAAUAACAGUUUAGCCACAUGGUGCAUUUAACCUGAGUUGGUGCAUUUAACCUGAGUUGCCCUCUUUUUUAAACUUUGUUUACAAACGUAUGUUAUGUCCUAUAAGCCACAAACGUAUGUUAUGUCCUAUAAGCCACAAACGUGUCUUAACUAAAAUACUCAUGUUUCAAUAGUUAAAAACAAAAGGGAAUUCCACUCUCUGAUAUACUGAAAGUAAUGGUUUGAAUAGUUCUAAUUCAUAAGGACAUUUACAGAAAUGACUCAUCUUAUCAACCAAGCUCUUAAGUUGUCAGUGAGUCACAAAAUAAACUGAUGACAUAAAUAGCCAGCACACAUACUUAACCUCACCUUUCUGACCGAGCCCUGCCUACAUUUGCUUUGCUUCUGUACGUUUGUCUAUGAUGAUAAAACAAAGAUGAUGAAAUCAGAGCGAUGUCAUCAGGGGUCAUCUCAGCUUGGGCUUGGAGCCUUUAUCACAAUUUUGGGUUGCAGCUAGGAUCACUUAAGCAGGCAUGAGUCCAACAAAUAUCCUAUGGAACUGCAUCUUUGUCCCUGAACUUUUUGUAUCCGAAAAUAUAAACUUGUGAUCUGGAGCAUUAAUUCAAAAGCUGUUGUGAACCAGUUUCUGCUGGAUUUCUACUUUUACUCUUCCCAAGUGCUGUUGCAUGUGGAUGUGAUAAGAUAGAGAGAAGAGUCCUUCAUUCCUCCACUUAAAGAUCUUUACACCGUUAUUUUUGCCUUUGUUUCUCUUUUUCUCAAUUUUGAAUGUGACUCAGCCAAUCAAGGACAUAUCCAGGUCGGUAGCUGGGGUGUCUGUGGUUAUAACAGGACAAUGUGGCUGAUCUUUUAUAUCGUCAUGUUAGUCAAUGAGGUGAAGUUGUGUAGUGUUUGUGCAGAGCUGCAGGGAGCAGUUUGGUGUGGAUCUACAUAGAUUGUAUGUGUACUGGACUCAUACAUUCAAACUACAACAGUCAUGAAGAAAGUACUGUACUUUAGUUAAAGGCGGGUCAUCGUUUCAGCACUUUGGUUAUUGCUGUUUCCCAAAGACUGUUUUACUUUUUGUGUUUUGUCUGUGUUCAUUGAAUGCACAUUUGCUGAUAUCACACAUGAAAGUUUGUUUGCUUUAUGUGAUCAAUGAAAUUGGAAUCCAGGCUGUA